AAAUUUCCCGCUCAUUCUGUCAUUCUGCCGGAAGCAGCUUGAACUGUCAAUGUCAAAUCGGCAGCCAUUUUGUAAUCGUUCCGGGAGCUGUCUUUUACGCAAAGGACAGAAACAUGACGGGGUUCAGCCAGAAGCCUAUCCUGAUAGACGGAAGGGGCCAUCUGCUAGGCCGACUUUCCGCUAUCGUAGCCAAAACCCUUUUGGAAGGGCACAGGGUUAUUGUUGUAAGAUGUGAACAAUUAAACAUCUCCGGUAACUUCUUCAGGAACAAAUUGAAGUUUAUGUCUUUCUUGAGGAAGAGAUGUCUUGUAAAUCCAGCUCGUGGACCGUUCCACUUCAGAGCUCCUUCCAGGAUUUUCUGGAAAACUGUCAGAGGCAUGCUGCCCCAUAAAUCUGAGAGAGGAAAACAAGCUCUUCGUAGACUAAAGGCAUACGAAGGUAUCCCACCCCCAUAUGACAGGAGGAAGCGUGUUGUAGUCCCUGGAGCUUUGAGGGUUGUGUGUCUUAAACCAGGACGCAAAUUCUGUCAUGUCGGACGUCUGUCUCACGAAGUAGGAUGGAAAUACCAAUCUGUGGUACGCACAUUGGAGACCAAACGUAAGGUUAAGGCAGUGCUGUCCAUCCGCAAGAGGGACAAACUAAAGAAGAUCACUAAGCAGGCUUCUGAGAAGGUUGAGAAGCAAGUGAAACCAUUCACAGAAGUUAUUAAUGCUUAUGGUUAUAAUUAGGACAUAUGAAAUAAAGUUUUUAAUUAUUUA